AUGUCUACCGAUCACCAGGAAGUUGCAGAUAUCGACUCUAUUGUCGAUAGGUUGUUAGAAGUGAGAGGCUCGAGACCCGGUAAACAGGUCACGUUACAGGAACACGAGAUUCGCUAUCUUUGCACUAAAGCUAGAGAGAUAUUCAUCCAGCAGCCCAUAUUAUUAGAAUUAGAAGCUCCCAUCAAGAUUUGCGGUGACAUCCACGGCCAGUAUUACGACUUGUUGCGUCUAUUUGAAUACGGAGGUUUCCCCCCUGAAGCAAACUAUUUAUUUCUCGGUGACUAUGUCGAUAGAGGUAAGCAGAGUUUGGAAACCAUAUGCCUCCUUUUGGCGUACAAGAUCAAAUACCCCGAGAAUUUCUUCAUCUUGAGAGGCAACCACGAGUGUGCAUCGAUUAAUCGUAUUUACGGCUUCUACGACGAGUGCAAAAGAAGAUACAAUAUCAAGUUGUGGAAAACUUUUACCGAUUGCUUCAACUGCUUACCCAUUGCUGCCAUUAUAGACGAAAAGAUCUUUUGUAUGCAUGGAGGCUUAUCGCCCGAUUUGAACACCAUGGAGCAAAUAAGAAGAGUCAUGAGGCCAACAGAUAUCCCCGAUGUGGGCUUGUUGUGCGACUUGUUGUGGUCGGAUCCCGACAAGGAUAUCACAGGGUGGUCGGAAAACGACCGUGGUGUUUCGUUUACUUUUGGUCCCGAUGUGGUUUCGAGGUUUUUGCAAAAGCACGAUAUGGAUUUGAUCUGUAGAGCACACCAGGUUGUUGAAGAUGGAUACGAAUUCUUUAGCAAGAGACAAUUGGUUACACUAUUCUCGGCACCAAACUACUGUGGCGAGUUUGACAACGCUGGGGCCAUGAUGUCGGUGGACGAGUCCUUAUUAUGUUCGUUUCAGAUUUUGAAACCAGCCGAUAAGAAACCAAGAUACCAGGCUCCUGGCGAUGUAAACAAUGCAAGAGCAGGCGCGGGGAAAGCUGCCAACAGGAAGCCAAAGAAGGCUACAAAGUAA